CGUUUCUCUUUCUCCACCGGCGCUCUCCCUGACAAUCCCUCUCUUCCGUCCUGGCCGCUCUCCUGAGAAUCCUUCUUGGGUAGAAGCUCUCGCGGCGGGCGGUCAAGCUACAGAGCGGCGGCGGCGGCGGAUUCCGGACCGCAUAGGCUGCAGUGGCGGCGGCUCGCGCAAUCGAGUGCGGAGGCGGCCACGCGUGCAGACCAGCGGCGGGCGGCAAGCAGGCGCGGUUCAGCAAGGCAGUCGCUGCCAGUUGAACAGAUUACAGUCUGCCAUGGCGAGGCUCCCCGGCCUCCGUUGUUGCGACCUCGCCGCGCGCGGAUCGCUCGCUCCCCUCGGCCUCGCCCUCCGCCCUCGCAGGUUGCCGCGCGUCCCAGCUCUCCGCUACUCGUCUCUCCAAGCUGGUGACGGUCUCGGGGAGGAGGAGGUCAUGCGCAUGUUCCUUGAGGACAGGCAGGAGAAUGGGGACUUCAUCUCGAAAGUCGCUGACAUGGUUUUGAGGAGAAAUGCCACAGGUCUUGAUGCGGUAGAGGCUACCACGUAUCAAGAAAAUGAUGCAGAUUUCAGGGAAGAUGCUGCGGGUGAGGCUACUGGAGAUCUGGUGUCCGUUGACGGCAGCCUAAGUGUCAGAAGGAGGCUUGCUUAUAUGGAAAGGAAGAAAGAGAGCGACAAGAGGAGGGAAUUCAACCUUAUGAAAUAUGAAGCAAUUAAGGAUGAGUUGUUGCUCCUGACAGCAGGAAUUGGAGCUGCUUGCACUGUAUAUUGUGCUCUAGUCUUCUCUCUGCAGGCUGGUAUCAGUUAUGCUUUUGGAGUUGCUUUCAGCUGGUUGUAUCUUCAACUUCUGUACCGACGCGCAGAUAACUUGUCAAAGGAAGAUGUGCCUGAAGUUUUUCGGAGGAAGACAGUGAAGAAAAUUGGCAUUCGAAGCGAGGAUCUGAAGAAUACAGUAGAGAAGACAUUGGGUGGCUCUAUAUUUGUUCUUUCAUCCCCAAGGCUUAUAAUUCCUGCUGUGAUUUUUGGACUGUCAACGUUUUCUAGUCACUUUCACAAUAGCAUUUUUAAUUUUGAGCUUGUUCCAGGGAUGAUGGGGUUCUUCGCGUACAAGGCUGCAGCUUUGGUACAAGUCUACAGAGAUAAUGAUGAUCUGAGAUUGAUACUCCCGGAUGAUGAUCCUGACUACAGCUGAAAUGUUAUAGUGAGAGAUUAUGUUCACCUAGUUUUUGAUAAAUCAAAGAGCACACGGAUGUAUAGCUUACAGUAUAGUUACAAAUGAAUUCUUAAUGAUCUUCUCUGUUGAUGACAAAAUAGAACGUACUGAAAAUUUGUUUGUUUUGUCUAA